AUGUCAAUAAAAGCUCAAAGAUUGAAAAAUCUCAUUGACACUGUGAUUAGUGAAUUUAGAAUGAGACACAAAAAUCUUCUAAAGAGAUUUAAACAGCAAAGAAAAAUAACGAACAGACACCUUGCCAGCAUAGAGAACUGUGAACACAGAUCUGAACAUUCAUUGCACACACCGGCUAAAUUCAUUUUAUUUCUUAAGAAAACCUGUGUCCCCAAGAUGAAGGACACUUAUCUUACACAAUGCAUACUGCUCUCUCCAACUGAGUACCUCAACAGAGAGAAUGUGUUCAAGUUACUGGGUGAAGUCCACAUCAAAGAGACAGGAACUAGACAACUUAAAUACGAUGUGUCUACACCUACAUUACGCAGAUCUAUCACAGUGACAGGUGUUAGUAAUGUAGAUCACAUUUCCUGUGUGACAUCAGACCGCGUCUGGAUUAGUGAUUGGUAUAACAAUCUCAUUUUGACAAACACAGAUGGUGACAAACUACAUCAUCUGACGGAUGUACUGGGUUUUUAUACAGGGAUACACACAGUGAACAGUACUGGUGAACUUAUUUAUACUGACAAAGAAUUUAACAUUAACAAACUGACUAAAGACAUGAAAACUAUGUCUACACUGAUAAAGAAAACAAACCAGUGGAAAGCACACUGUGUACACUGCUCCCCCAUCAAUGGAGAUUUACUGGUAGGAAUGUAUAAUAUUGAUAAGGAGACAUGCAAGGUAAACCGUUACAACAACACAGGACAACACAUGCAGACAAUACAAUACAACAGUAAAGGUCAGGAACUGUAUAAAUAUCCUGUGUAUAUCACAGAGAACCUUAAUGGAGAUGUUAUUGUGUCAGACUCUUUCCAUGCUGUGGUGGUGACAGAUCGUAAAGGGAGACAUCGCUUCUCCAUCAAAGAAUCUUCAUUAGAGGCAGGACUAAUGCCGAGUGGAAUCUGUACAGACACGCUGUCACAUAUCCUGGUGGGUGAUUAUAAAACCUAUUCAGUACUAAUGAUUAACAAGGACGGUCAUAUUUUACCACCGAUUCUGAGGGUGUAUCAAUUAAUGGAUAGACCACGGUGUCUAAGUUAUGAUCACAAAACUCACCUUCUUUGGGUUGGAUUAUCAGACAAUAAAGUGCGUGCAUACAGAUACUUAGAAAGGCAAAACUAUCCGUCGUGUAAUUCGAUUUGUCUAUUAGAUUAG